GGGGAGGGAAGGGGCAGUGGCAGUGCAGUGGUUUCUGCUUUGUUUGCACUUGACACUUUGACGGCGUAACCCUAAAUCGGCUAUCAGCAGUCAACAGUCAUGAUAUUUGCCUUUGCCGUAGAACACUCGCUGCGAUAACGACCCCUGCCUACUCCACCUUCGCACCUGCUGUCAUGGCCGAGUCACCGAGCACCGAAUUGCCUUUCGAUUUCCGUCUGGUUCACGACGGUUUUGCUUCUGCUCUGGUGGAGGACGAGGAUGUUGACCUCCAGCAUUACCUCACCGCCUACAAGGAGCUUUUCAAAUUUUUUCAGCUCAUGGGAACUGUGUUUUCUUUUGUUGGAUCUGAUGUAAAAUCCAAAAUUGAUAUUUUGGAAGACCUCUCCAACUCGUCUGAUGGACACCACUUCACUUCUGUGAAGAAAAUGAUAAUAUAUGAAAAAGGGGAGAACCUAUUAAAGAAAAAGGAUUACGUCUCUGGUUCCCGCACCUUACUACGUCUUCACCGAGGACUAGACUUUAUUAAAUUGUUUCUCAAACGAGUGGGAGAGCUUUCAGACUCAGAUAGUACUUAUGCUGCAGGUAGUGAAGCUUACACUGCUACUCUUGCCAAACACCAUCCUUGGCUUGUCCGCAAGGGAGCAACUGUAGCAAUGUAUGCCCUACCCACUCGUCAAGAUCUCCUCAUAAAGGUCUGUGGAAGCAAUGAAGCUUGCAUCCAACGUGCCCUAGAUGUUUUACCAAAAAUGCUGCUUGUGGCAGAUGAAGUAUUUACAAGAACUGAACAGUGUUACACUGAACACGAUCUCCACAGCUUACCCUGAUUUAGCUCAGGCAAAGCAACAUUUUUUUCCUGUGGGUGAUAAAAAUGGUCUGCUGCUACUAAAACUGUAUAUUAGCCCAAUAUAAUUUUUUUUAUAUAUCAUGGUUAUUUUUAACUCCAUGGCUGUAUUUUUUUCCUUUGUUUUGUUUGUUUGCUGAGAGCUGUGCAUCCCAUUUUGACUAAGUGUGUUUUAUGUACAAUCAGUAUUUGGUCUUUUAGAUAACACUGUUUCUGUUAUACAGUAUAUGUUUUAUGUAUUUUAUUCUUGCUUUGAUUUUAUAUUAGUUGGUCUGUUACUUGUUCUGGGAUCAGACGUCUCAAUUAGCAUUGUUCUUUUUGUUAAAGAAUUUAUUGUAGGAACACUACAUUCAAGCUUUGUAUUUCAUUCUUAAUUUGUGAAUUUCUUGAGCCCUUCUGAGGCAAUUGGAGUAUCAUUCCAUAGGUGUCAUAUAUGCUUUUCUGGGCUUCAGUGUGUUUGUGUUGUGGUCCCAUCCCAAUGUGCUGUGUCCUCAAAAUUCACUUUAUGAUCUUUUUUAAAACAGAUUUUUAUAAUCUGCUCUGUUUGCAGGCUAUAUUAGAAUCAUUGCAAAACAUGUCGCAUUUCACCGCUGAAUGACUGAUUACUAGUAGAACUAGAGAAAACAAGGCUAUAGUGGUCUCGGAAAACCAGGGGUAUUUCAUGUUAUUAUGGGGGGAACUUGCCUAACUGUGUAUCACCAUUUGGCAAUGCUCAGUGUGUCACACGUGUACUUUAUAUGAACUGGCAGGAAAUAAAGAAUCAAUUUUUCUGCAAAA